UGUGUGUGUGUGUGUGUGUGCGCCCUCUGUUGGGCUCAGUGUGGAACUGAGAGGAUCUCCGCGGUUCUUCCUCCGCUCCUCGCGGUGCUGCGGUCAGCUUUCCUUCUCCAUCGGAAUGAUUCUACGCCACUUUUCUCCUCCUGCAUCCACCCUUCUCUCUCUCUCUCUCUCUCUCGCUCUCGCUCUCUCUGCAUCCACCCUCUCCUCCAUCCUGCCAUUCCUCAGCGGCUGGAUGUCAUGCCGGAUCUUGCUGCUCUUUCCUCUGCAGCUUCUCUCUGAUUUAGGAUCAUCACAGGAGUCGGUUUAAAAGGCGUUUAAAGCAGAUGGGCCGAGUCCGAUCCAGCCUCCUCCUCUCUGGUCUGAAUUCUGUAAAUCAGUGAAGUGGAUCUUCAGGAGCAGCGAUGGAAUCCUGCACGUCUCACACUGACACCAUACAAUUGUAGAAUGCAUUCUCUGCUGAAGACGGUGUUGUUAGCGCUGAUAGCGUCGGUGCUGCUGCUGAUGGCUGUGCUGCACUCAUGGCCCACUCGAGCCUACAGCACUGUGGACGUACGGCAGAGACCCGGCUCGGGCGUCGAGCGGCUGCUGGAGGACAGACUUCCCGAUCCAGACCCGAGCGCCGGCUCCAUCCCGUACCGCGUGAAGGAGAACGUCGCAGGGCUUCUGGCUCGUAACGGCUGUGUGUGUGAGGGUGAGAGGGCCAGCGUGAAUUUACCUUUCGCCAAACUGCUGUUCCCGCGAGUGUCUGCCCACUCACUGCACACGGCCUUCCAGCCUUCCCAGCUCGAUGAAAUGAAGAGACGCCGUGCCAAAGAGUACCAGGGCUUCCAAAUGAGGUCACAGACCCCUGCUGAUUUACUGAUUGUAGCUGAAGCUAACAGCCCUCUUCAGUAUCCGACGCAGGGUGUGGAGGUGCGGCCGCUCAAGACUAUUCUUAUAGCAGGCUUGGCCUUAAAAGACCUGCCAAGAGACGUUUACACUCUGAAUUUCUCCGCGUCUCUCGGUACGUUUAACGUCGCCGCAGAGGUCGAGGGGGUAAAGGUCAGAGGCGACGGUGAGAUGCACAUGACGCUGAGCAGCUUCCUGUUACCCAACCUGAACCGCCAGCUUCAGUUCAUCACGUACACAAACACACUGUUCCACCCCAGCACCGCGGACACAGUGCAGUUAGAGACAGAGGGGCAUCAGGCUCUUUUCACCAUCAAAAUCCGUCACGGCGUGACCCCCAAACUCUACAACACAGGCUCAGACGGAGAUAAAGAGUACAACAUCAGCGCUCUUGUGACGAUCGCCACCAAAACCUUCCUGCGCUAUAACAAGCUCCAGGACCUGAUUGACAGCAUACGGCUCUACUACCCCACUGUUACCAUAGUGAUAGCCGACGACAGCGAAAACCCCAGGGUGGUGUCCGGGCCCUACAUCGAGCAUUACAUCAUGCCCUUCGGAAAGGGUUGGUUCGCAGGUCGUAAUCUGGCCGUGUCCCAGGUCACCACCAAGUACGUGCUGUGGGUGGAUGAUGAUUUCAUCUUCACUGCCAACACCAAGCUGGAGAAACUGGUGGACGUUCUGGAGAAGACCACGCUCGACCUGGUGGGCGGUGCUGUGCGUGAAGCUACAGGCUACACCUCCACCUACAGGCAGACCAUCUCUAUCGAAGCUGGAGAUGAGGAUGGAGACUGUCUCCACAUGAGACGAGGUUUCCAUCACAUCAUCCAGGGCUUCCCCAACUGCGUGGUCACCGAUGGAGUCAUCAACUUUUUCCUGGCUCGGACCGACAAGGUGCGACAGGUGGGCUUCGACCCCCGGCUGGCUCGCGUCGCCCAUCUCGAGUUUUUCAUAGAUGGCCUGGGUUCGCUCCACGUUGGCUCGUGCGAUGAUGUCAUCGUGAACCACGCCACCAAGAUCAAGCUUCCGUGGGGCCAAUCGGAAAGCGACAAAGCCUACGCAAAGUUCCGUUACCCUCCGGCCUCUUCGGAUGCCACGCGUACGAAGAACGGCCUCUUGUACUUCAAAAACCGCUUCCAGUGUCUCACACACAACUGAACACCCACCUCACCGUCCUCUCCCUCGUUCUGUCUUCCUCUCCCAAAAGACUUCUCUUUUUUGUGAGUAGCUAAAGAGAGUCUUUGAGGGGACUCGGGGUUGCGUGGGGUCGUCUACGUCGUCACUUCCCUCAUUUUAGUGUGGGAAAGAAAAAAUAUAUAGUCUCCUCCUUUUGGAGGGGCCAUAACGUCAUUAAAUUGUGACUGACAGCUGGGAGAUAACAGUCACAAGUUUGUUUUUGGAGGGUUUUUUUUUUGUUUGUUUAAAAAAGGAGUUAAGAUUAUAUCGGUGUUCUGUUUUUUUUUUUUUUUUUUUUUAUUCGAGAGACUUUAGAUACAGAUACAUUCCCAUGUUUCUACGUCUCGAGUGGUUCCCGUUGUUUCUCUUCUGCCAGUCACGGUUAAAGAUCAUUCUGCUAGAAGUUUUUAAGGGAAUUUUUGAAUUGAACUUCCUUCAUGAUGACUGACAGAAAAAAAUUAUUUAAAAAAAAACUUCUUUAUUUGAAACUGAAACACUAUCAAUUUAAAAAUGUGGACGAUGGACAAUUUUUUUAAACUUAAGCACUGAAAAGAGGCUCUUAAAGGUGCAGCCUGUGAUUGGAGUUAAGCCCCGCCCUCAAAAAAAAAGACACACCCCCAAAACAUAAACACAACCCUUGACUAGAAUGCCUGAAGAGGCGGAGCUUCCUGAAUUCCUGACAGGCAAGUAGAGACGCCUCUUUGUCCUGAUUGGUUGAUGUUGUUGGUCCAUAUCAUGUGUUUACAGUCUGAGGAGAAACCAAACUGUUACGCAUCAGUGAGCACAGCUUCGACAGCACUGACACUUACCCACUUUCUGUUGAAUUACAGUGUGUGUGUGUGUGUGUGUGUGUGUGUGUGUGUGUGUGUGCUUGAGGGUCUUCUCUCCAAGUGUUUGCACUAAAACAAAUAGACACAGGAGAGAUCACACCCCAAGCUACUUCAGACAGAAAUAAACAGACCUGACGCUUCUCCGCUUCUCUACCUGACAGUGUGCUUCAGUAACCAAUCCGUCAUCGCAUAUUUCAGCAUUAUUUCCAUUACUGAGUGAGUCAAACGGUAACGAAUUACCUGUGCCGGAUCUGUGUGCGCAGAGCUGAAAAUUGAUUGGUUUAAAGACUUAACAGUUUAACAGAAUAAUCGGGUUAUUAAAAAAAUUGCCAUUAAUUUAAAUUACGUCUGAACUGAAAUAAUAAAACAGAUUGUGUAUGUGGGGUUUAUCAACUCUGCCCUGCUAUUCAGAUAUAACUCUCUACAGCGUGUCCCAAAAGUCUCUAUACAGAGGAGAAAUUAACACUAUUUUUCAGUAAAGCAUCCUCUAUAUGAUUGGCGUUUCUUUGUAAACACACACGGAGUCGUCUCAGGCAAGUUUUAUCUCCCAGUUUGGCGACAGUGUGGUGUGUGUGAUGUGCUCGCCAUGUUUCCUGUUAAAGUCCAUCACAACGUCACGACAGCUUCCUGAUCCAACCAUGAGAAUGAAUUCAAUACCUUCUUCUUUUGUCCAAGACGUUCUUAAAGGAUAUUUGAAAAAAUGUAUAUAACAUAAACCAUUGCUGCGUCUCAACUGGCCUACUGUCCGUCCUAAAUAUCCGAGAUUAGAAUUAUCGUGUCCCAAAUCGUAGUAUGUUGAAAUGAAAGGAAACCCGAAGGUACCCAGAUAGUCGACUGUUUCUGGUAGAUUUUUAAAGUGUGGACACUUUUUCAGCUAAUAUUACCCACAAUUCCUUGCGUGAGCGAGCGAGGGAGGACGAGUUCUGUGACGGUUUGCUUCGUCGAAUUCAAGCACGCGUUUUAGAGCGGUGUAAAUGAAAUGUGGGAAAAUAAAUCAAGGGAAUGUUAAUCAGGUAAAUGAUGUAGUAUAAAUGAUAUCAGGAAUAAUGAAUGAAGAAAAGCUGAAAUGCGAUGAGGAGUUUGUUUACGAUGACGGUUUGCGUAACUAGACAACGAUGUUCUCUUCAGUUAUGUAGAUGAAUUAAGACUCAGGGCCUGUAUGAAACAUUUUGGAAGACAUUUUGCUAAAAAGUGUUCAUUUGUCCUAUGUAUGGAGACUUUUGGGACACGCUGUAGUAUAUAAACUCCUUUUUUUCUCAACCUUAGUGAUGCUUGUUACUUGUGAACUGCCUUGUUACUGGAAAAUGUUGUACAUGUGAUAGCUGUGGUAACAUUACUUACAGCAAAGCCACUAAACGAUUAUUGAUUACAUACGUGCAUGUACACAAACUGUUGUUCAAAAGCUGGAUUUUGAUUUUUAAUUAUUUUGCGGUUAUCAGGUUGUUUUGCACAUGUCCUCUGCAGCGAUAUCUGAAGCGCAUUAUAAUAAUAAUAAUAAUAAUACAUUUUAUUUAUAAAGCACUUUACAUUUUAAAGAAAAUCUCAAAGUGCUACAAAAAACAGCAAUUAAAACCAGCUGCCAACUGAGGUACGUUUUUAAACCCCUUUUAAAAGCAUCAGUCAUUUGUGGAGCCCUCAGAUGUUCAGGGAGGGCGUUCCACAGGCGAGGAGCAGCGGCGCAAAAGGCUCGGUCCCCAAUGGUGCGGGUAUUAGUCCUAGGGGGAGGAGACGAUGAGUGUUUGUGGAGCGGAGGGGACGUGCUGAAAUCUGUGGGGUGAGGAGUUCUUUAAGGUAAGUGGGGGCGUUGCCAUAGAUGCACUGAUGUGUGAGGAGGGAGACCUUGUAUUCAAUCCGGGCGGAAAUGGGAAGCCAGUGUAAUGAUUGAAGAAUUGGUGUGAUGUGUUCGUAUUUACGCACUCUCAUCAGGAUCCUAGCGGCACUAUUCUGUAUGUGCUGGAGUUUCUGGAUGCUCUUGCUAGGGAUCCCGAUGAGAAGAGAGUUGCAGUAGUCCAGUCUGGAGGAGACAAAGGCGUGGACGAGUUUCUCAGCAUCAUGUAGGGAGAGUGUAGGACGGAGUCUGGCUAUAUUCCUGAGGUGAUGUUUUGCAAAGAUGUUUAAUGUGAGCCUCAAAGGUUAAACGAGGGUCAAACCUAACACCAAGGUUGAUGACUUUGCCAAGGGGGAGCAUGUAAAGAAUGAAUAAAAUAGGUCCAAGAACUGAUCCCUGUGGAACUCCGCAUCUAACAGCAUGUGAACGGGACCUUGAGCUUCCCAUGGCCACAAAUUCAGAUCUGUCUGCAAGGUAUGACUCGAACCAACGCAAGGCGGUGUUAUUAAGUCCAACGGAGUGGUGUAGCCUGUUGAGAAGUAUACCGUGAUCAACGGUGUCGAACACUGCAGAAAGAUCCAAAAGGACAAGAAGUGAUGGUGAACCAGCAUCAGCUGUCAUCAGCAGGUCAUUUGUGACUCUAAGGCUGUUUCUGUGCUGUGAGCGGAACGGAAACCAGACUGAAACUUUUCAAAAAUGUUAUUGUGUUUGAGGUGGUCUUGAAGGUGGCUGGCAACUACUUUCUCCAGAACCUUAGAGAGAAAUGGCAGGUUGGAUAUGGGCCUAUAGUUAGCAAAAAUUUGAGGACCAAUUGAGGGUUUCUUAAGUAAUGGUCUGAUUAUGGCCGUUUCCAAGGCAGACGGUACAUGGCCAGUCUGAAGGGAUUGGUUUAUUAUUAUGGUGAUAAGGGGACUGAUGGCAGAAAUAUUUGCUUUCAACAGAGGUGUAGGAAAAGGGUCGAGGGCACAUGUGGAGGAUCUCAUCCCCCUGAUGGUGUCUUCGACCUCAUGUUGAGUAACUUCUGGGAAGCAGCAAAGCAGGAUCGAAAUAUCAGACUGCGGGUCAGCAGUUGGGGCAGACAAGGAGGAAGGAACAUAAAAAGAGGAGUGAAUUUUGUCAAUUUUGGUUUUAAAAAAGGUCAUAAAAUCAUUGCAUUGUUCUUCUGUAGCUCCUGUGAGUGGAGCAAUUUGAGGUUUAAGGAGGUGAUUUAUGGUGGAGAACAACUGUUUGGAAUUGGCAGAACUAUUGUGAAUAAUAUUUGAAUAGUACUGUGACCGUGCCUCUUUGAUGGACUUCAAAUAAGCUUUUUGGUGGUCCCGAUAGGCCAGCUUGUGAACAGUAAGUCCAGAAGCAUUAUACCGCCGCUCAAUGGCUCGUCCAGCUGCUUUCAUUUUCCGCAGGUCACUUGUGAACCAGGGAGCUGAGCGAGAAAACGCAAUUGUCCUAACUUUGAUGGGUGCAUGAAGAUCCAAAAUGCUGCUCAGUAUCUUAUUAUAAGAUUCCACAGAUUCAGUGACUGAUGAGACAUUUACAGAAUGAAGAUGUUGAAGGCUUAAGGUCAAGUUUUCUGUGUUAAUGUUUUUCAGAUUUCUGAAACGUAUUUCACGUUUGGGCUUGAUGUGGGAAGACAGAAAAGGCAGCUCGACGGAGAUGACCUUAUGGUCAGAUACAGAUCAUACACAAUGGUGCAUUUAAAAGGGGAGACUCAGUAAUGACCAAAUCAAGAAUGUUCCCCUUAGUGUGUGUAGGAACAUCAACAUACUGUUUGAGGUUUAAGCAAUAACUGAAGGAAUUCUGUAGCAAGAUGGCAAGAGGGGUUGUUGAUAUGAAUGUUAAAAUCUCCAAGUAUUAUUAUAUUGGAAGAGGUUGUGCAGAAAGUUAAAAGAAAAUUGUAUAGCUCUGAGAUGAAGCAUGCAUUUAGUUUGGGUGGCUGGUAGAUUAAUAGUACUGUCAUUGUGAAAGGGGGCUUACAAUUAAAUGCCAGAUAUUCAAAGGAAGACAGCUCAGGGAGGGCCAGAGGGGACAGAUCUAGGUGACUGCGGUAGAUGACAGCCAGGCCACCACCACGGCCAGUGCUACGAGCUUUUUGGAAAUAACAGUAGCCAGGAGGACAGGUCUCAUUUAAAACAGAAAAAACAUCUGGUUGAUGCCAGGUUUCUGUGAGGCACAUUAUGUCCAAACUUUUGUCCCGAAUAUGAUCAUGUAUAAAGCAGGAUUUGUUAGUGAGGGAUUGUGUAUUAAACAGUUCAAUUUUAAUUUUAGAUGAAGCAGUGAAUCUCCUUACUGGCCGAAGUAGGCUGAAAUCCACUCCACGUUUUCUGUUUGGCUCCAUGUGUGGCGCUGUUGCAGGAUCUCCAGUGCUACUAAUCAACAGAUUAUCAGUCCUCUGAUGGCGUGGAAGAGAUGUUACAGGGCGCACAGCUGCCCAAACGGAAGGUAUUUCGUUACCAGACCGGGAGUAAGCAAACUUUCGCCGAGAGCUUCUGUGGAUGUACCGGGGCCGACGUAGGAGUCCAAGUUCUUUAAUGACUGAUAUACAAGCUGGAAUGUUAUGGUUGUUAUAUUCUAUCAGUUGAGUGGCCGAGUAGUUCAUUACGCCAGUCACAUGGGCUCCACGUCUGUUGUUAGCCGCUAGCAGUAUACAAAGUAGGGAAGUAUAGAAAGAAAGGGAAGAAAUCGGCAGCAAGAAAUCAUCCGUGAUGUGGCUGGAGAAAUCGAGACCAGAAGAGAUAAAUCGUAGUGAGCACCAAAAGGAGCUGUAAGCGCUGGGAAUGCAGGCAGAGCCAGGAAAAGCUGCAGCCGGUUAGCUGCCCGCAGGGACUUGCUAUCAAUUAGCCAAGUAGAGUCCGAGUCGGUAAAAUCCAUAUAACAGACCCAAAUGUUAUACAGAAGUAGUUCUAACGUUGCAUUGUUAUUUUAACAGUUAAAACUAGUUAAAACUCGAGUGGAGAAGCGGCGAACAGACAACGCCAGCGUCCUCUCCCACCCGCAUUAUACAGAGACAAGAGGUCUGCCAGGUCAUCUCUCAGCAUUUACUGGAAAUGGAUGACGGAUUUUCAUGUUUUAAAUGUUUGUGAUGGAGCGUGUGAUGGAGGAUAGAAGAUUUUGGAUGACGUAAGCCCUAUUUGGAUAGGAUCAGUUUUACAUGGGGAGGUGGGAUAAACUAAUUAUUACCAAAGUAUCUCUGGGAUUGAGCAGUAGAAUUAACCCCAGGUAAAAUACUUUAUGUCCCGUCUGAACUGACGUGUCGGUAAUGAUUGUGUUACAUCCUGUGGGAAAAGAGGGUUUGCUCUUCAUUCCAGGAAGUGCUCCCCCCUUUUUUUUUUUUUUUACAAAAUCACAUUUUUACAUAACCUGUGUGAAUCGAUCAGAAUUACGACACUCCUGAACAGGCAUAAGUCUGGAAAACUAAUCUCGUGUAUAAAUAGAUUUCGGGUGAUGGAUGAUCGGGCUGUGAAAAAAAAAGGAAAGACACUGACAUCAAGUUUACCGUAAGAUUAAGCAAGUGCUGACGCUACCAUAGUGUCAGAAAUGAUCUCGCCAUCCAUCUAAUUCCUUCUACUGUCACGUGAUGGGGAACAGACACAGGAACUCGGGAACGCUGUGGCUAGUUCUGCACUGCGAUGCGUAACCCUACUGCACUGUCCCGUGGAAAAUCAAACAGAGGAUCUGUAGAAGUGAAACUGUCUUGAUUUGUCAGUUUCAUCACCAUGAACUCAUAGUGUUUUAUUCAUCCGAUUGUUCAGAAUGCAGCCUUCCUUCACAGGACUGAAGCACGCAGUCCCGUUUCCCAGAUAAACUUUUCAACCAUGUCUUCUCCUCUCUGUACUGCAGAUCGUCAGAUGCUUGGGCAAAAAUAUGCCCAAUGAUUAAAUUCUUUCCUUUUCACCCCCAUAAAAUUAACCCCCUAAUGUCCUUAGUGGUGGUCUGGGAUUUCUUUUAAUUCAAUUACAGUGGAGCAAAUCACAACCCACCAUUAUCAACAUUAUUAUUCUGAUUAUUGAGCUUUUUUUUUUAGCCUGUUUGAUUGGUCACAUGACUUGAACACUUAUAAAUUAUGUUAACUUGAUUUGAAUAACAAUUUGAAUAAAAAUGUGUUCUGUGAGUGAAGUUCAGGAAUAAAAAGCUUUAUGGCUGAAGUACAUUUCGAAAAUAUUAUGUACACAUUUAAAUAAUGAGCCUAAUACUAAUAAGUAGUUAAAUUAUGUUCUGAGGGCUCCGUGGAGUUUAUUUUACUGAGAAAGCCGGAGAAUUCCUGCUACAUAAAAACUGCUGCAUGACUCAGCCGCUCAGCACACUCACAUCGGACACCAGGGGGCGCUGAACACAAAGAUUUUAGGCUAAAACUUUUUGACCACUCUGUAGCCACGCCCCUUCAGUGUGUGUUCAAAGAUGUCAAAACUCACCUUAACUUGAUUUAAGUGACUUUUGUUUAUUUAUAAGUGGUUUUGAGAAGUUGACAGUCAUCGAUUGGUGAAGUCCUGUUUAAUUCAUUUUGGCGGUUAAUUGUUAAUUUAUGUUCAUUUAAAAUUGUUAGCACUAAAACCCUGUCCUUUCCCACAUGUACUGUUGUAAAGCUGUUUGUUUGUACUUUUACCACUUAUUUGUUACACCAAAAAAUGACAGUUAUGCAAUUAAUUAGGCUUCAGGACUUAUUUAUUUAUUUAUUUAUUUAUUUAUUUAUUAUGCUGCCAUGCAGUGCAUUUCCUGUUCACGUCUCCUCAAAAUGUACGAAUGUGAGGAGCAGGAGUUAAAGGAAAGAAUGACAGAAGAAAGACUUUGAGACUUUGAGGGAACUUUAUGAGAAGCUCCUGCGGCUGUGAGGAGCCCGAGCUGGACGGAGUGGUGAGAAGAAAGCGAGUAGAUGUUACGUUAGAGAGAUGUUAUGAGCUCAGGAUGGACUCUACAGAUGGUGCUGAAUGCGGUUUAAACUCCACACAUGGUCUUGUGAACCCACUUCCUGUCUCUGUGUCUGCAUGUGUCCAUUUUUUCGCCACUAGGUGGUGACACAUUCACAAAAUAAUAAUCCAGCUCCUCGCCCUUUCUACGGAAAUUCAAGAGGAAUGAAAUUUUUCCCCCGGAGAGAAAAACAACAACAGCAGCAACAACAACAAAAUGUCACUUAUCCUCUUUUUGUAAAUGUUAAAGAUUCUCUGGAACUGUUACGGAAUGAGAUAAAAGUUUUAAAUCUCUUGGCCGUGCUGAAUUUUUUCAUGUCAUUUUUUUAUGUUUCAUUUUUAGCAAACUUCGUAAGAUAGCAGUGUACAUGAUGAUAUCUAUUAGUACAGAAAGGCAUCUGUGAGUGUUUUAAAACUUGUUUAUUCAGAAAUUCAGAGUUUAGCGAGAUUUAACAACUGCAAUAAAACACAAAAUCAAUCUAUAAAAAGUGGGAAUUUAAUCGUUUAGACAUCGGAAAGUUCUCAGACUCAUGAAUAACACACCAUCACUCUCUGAUUUUUACUAAAGUCACACUUUCAGUCCAAAAGAGAAACUUCUGUAUAACUCUACAUUCACACUAGCAAGUGACGAGUCACUCGUGUAGUUUGUAGUUCGUCUCUUGUGGGCGUGGCUUGUCCAACUUUUUUUAAAUUCUGAUGAGAAAGUAGAUAUCUACCUUCUAAAGCUAGCUAGUUAAACACAAAUUAACCACCAACGAUCUCUGCUACUUCCUUCCAAGCGUUAUUUUUCUCCGUAAUGUCUCUAUACACAUGUAAUGAUAAGGAGAGCUCGUAUAUGACAGGAUAAGAUGAAACCACGUUUCUAAGUUUUUCUUCCAUUUGAUGUGGGAACUAAUCGCAGGUAGGAACUAAAGUUGUGAGCGGGGAACUGAAGAAACGUCGAACCACACGCGCCGUAGGAUUCGUCUGAGGAAUCAUUUGGAAUUGUCGAUUUACUACGUCAUAGCUAAUAUAGGGUAAGUCUGAUUUAAGGGCGGAGCUAACAUAUGAGCUUUGUUUGUGAUGUCACAAAAUUUCAGGAUCAGCAGCUUUGAACCAAACACGUCUAAUAUGCAAAUUAUUACAUUUUUAGCCGUAGAAUCAGAGUGCUAAGAUAGCUAGCAAAGUUAGCAAAUGUUAGUGAUGAAUAGAUGAUAGAGUCUACAGUAAUAUUGAAAUAUUUUCGGACAGAUUUCUGAAAUCCUACUUGCGUGACUAAAGUGAGCUAGUUUACCAAACAGCUAGUUAAUUUAGCUAGUUCUAGUCAUAUUAGACUAGAGAGAUAUGGGUGAUAUAUAUCUAUUUUGCAUAUUCA